CUUGGUAUUAAUUUGUCAUUCAAAUUUCGCGGCUGAGCAACAGCUGCUGUACUCAUGAAGCUCGCGCGAACCAUUUCUCGCCUCUUCACCACCUCAUCGGCAACCAAAAUACCUGAGCGAGUAAUCGAGAAUCCAGUUUCUAUUCACUCUAUCAAACAGUUACAUGCACGUCUCAUUAGAACCCACCUCCACGAAGACCCUUUUUCAAUUUCAGUCGUUAUAAGAUCUUACGCUUUAUCUUCCUUACAUCUCCAUAAAGCCCUUCUUGUUUUUAGUCAAAUUAAGAAACCUACCCUAUUGAUUUAUAACUACUUGAUCCGUGGUUUAUCAGAAAGUGGACGACCAAAUGAAGCAAUUGAUAUGUAUUAUAAUCUAAUAUAUCAUCAUGGAAUUGUUGGUGAUAAUUUGACGUUUAUCUUCUUGUUCAAGGCUUGUUCUCGUGUUAAUGACGUUUCUAAUGGUCAGAUAUUUCAUGUUCAUGCUUUGAAACUUGGGUUUGAAUCGUACCUUUUUGUAUCAAAUGCUUUGAUUCGAAUGUAUGGGACCUUUGGCGAUUUAGAAUUGGCACAGCAGGUGUUUGAUCAAAUGAAGGACAGAGACUUGGUUUCUUGGAACUCUUUGAUCUGUAGUUAUAGUCAAUGCAAUAGAUUUAAGGAGGUUUUGAGUUUGUUUAAUUCAAUGCAAGAAGCAAAUGUGAAAGCUGAUGCUGUUACAAUGGUAAAAGUUAUAUUAGCUUGUAGCUAUUUGAGUCACUUUGAUAUUGCAGAUUCUAUGGCCAAGUACAUUGACGAUAACCAUGUGGAUAUUGAUGUUUAUUUAGGGAACACAUUGAUACAUAUGUAUGGUCGGCGUGGUUUAGUGAAUUUGGCGCGGAGAGUUUUCGAUGGGAUGCAAGAAAGAAACGCCGUCUCUUGGAAUGCAAUGAUUACAGGAUAUGCAAAAGUCGGGGAUCUAGUUGCGGCUAGGAAACUUUUCGAUGAGAUGCCUGCUAGGAAUGUAAUUUCGUGGACUUCUAUGAUCACAGGUUAUGUUCAAGCUAAUCAAUCAUCUGAUGCAUUGAAGCUUUUUCAACAUAUGAUGAAAGCUAAUGUGAAACUAGAUGAGAUAACGAUAGCUAGUGUGCUUUCUGCUUGUGCUCAAUUGGGUUCUCUUGAUGUGGGACUGGCAGUUCAUGAAUAUAUCUAUAGAUAUGAUAUAAGAGCAGAUAUUUAUGUGGGGAAUGCGUUAAUAGAUAUGUAUUGCAAAUGUGGGGCUGUUGAAAAAGCAUUGGAGGUGUUUCACGAGAUGAAAAAUAAGGACAGUGUCUCGUGGACAUCAGCCAUCUCAGGCCUUGCUGUUAACGGUUUUGUCAAUCAGGCAUUUGAGAUAUUCUCACUGAUGUUGAGAGAUGGUGUUCAGCCAACUCAUGGAAGUUUCAUGGGGAUAUUACUAGCUUGUACUCAUGCUGGAAUGGUUGAUGAAGGAUUAAAAUAUUUUGAAAGUAUGAACAAAGUUUAUGGAUUGACACCACAUAUGAAACAUUAUGGGUGUAUUGUGGAUCUCUUGAGCCGCUCUGGCUACCUAGACAGGGCCUAUGAGUUCAUAAAAGCAAUGCCAUUAGUUCCAGAUGUUGUAGUUUGGAGGAUUUUGUUAAGCGCAUGUAAGCUUCAUGGAAAUGUGGUCCUAGCUGAGAUUGCUACGAACAAGCUUCUCGAACUGGAUCCUUCUAACAGUGUGAACUAUGUUCUCUUGUCAAAUACUUAUGCCGGUUCUGAUAGAUGGGAUGAUGCUACCAAAAUCAGACAAUUAAUGGCAGAAGGAGAUGCACAAAAACCUUCAGGUUGGAGUUCCAUUGAGGUAAACAAAUAAUUGUUAGAAAUAUUCCUUGUAGAAUCUUUAACGGAGGGUAAAAGAGAUCAAGCGAGCACUAUAUUGCAAAUUACGACAUUUCUGUCAUUGUUUCAAUUAGUGCAUGGACAUUGAUGGUAAAUUUGGAUCAGAGUGAGCAGCGGCAUAGGAAAUUGAGUUGAAUCUUACCUUUUAUUGGUCCAAAGAUGACUUCGUUGUGGUUUUGAUCCAAAAGAUGCUAUGUUGAAAUUUCAAUUAAUCUUGCUGAAGGAAUGAUAUUGAAUUCCUUGAGUGGAAUUUCAAUGGGUGCUCAGUCCAGCUCUAAAAGUGAAAAAUUAUGUUCUGUUAAUGAUGUGAUUUUUGGAGGCAUGUUGCUCUGUAAUACAUGGUGAUACUAAGUGUAAUUUGCAGUUAGCUGGUAGGUUAUGUUCAGAGCCAGUCCCCUUGUAAGUUAAACCUGCAAAAUAGAUUUAUGAGUUCACUUUUCUUUGGUGAAUAUGAAAUCUAGGACUACCAGGGACAUUGCAGGAAACAAAAGUUCACAGAUGUUAAUUAUCAGAUUGUUUC